UGCGCGAGGCAGCGGUCGGGGCGGGCGGUGGUGGAUGGAGGGUCCGGUGCGGAUCGCCCGCGCUCUCUGGAAUGUACUGGGGGCGGCUGCCGAGCGGGAGCGGGGGCUGUCUGGGCACGGCCAGCCCGGCUGCUGAGAGGUGUCUUGGUGUGAACUUUAAUGAUCCAACUCAGCUUGUGUGCACUAUAACCACGUUUUUUCAGUGCCUUGUCUUAGUCUGGAACUCUGCUUUCAAUUUCUGUAAUCUGGCGCUAUGCAUCCGGAUCCCAGACCCUUACAGGCACUGCUCUUCAUCACUGCUGCAGUUAUCUUCUCCGCUACAAGUUCAGAUUUGAUUCCUCAUUUUAUUUCUGAGCCCCUGUCCACUAUCCAGAAGCCUGGUGGGCCUGUAAAGCUUCAUUGCUCUGCUGAACCCUCCACAGCUCGCAUUUCUUGGCUGUUUAACGGACAAAGGUUGGACAGCAGGGUGGAGCAAGUGGAGGUGCAGCUAGGAUCUUUGACAAUCUUCUCUCUCAGCCCCUCAAAUUCUGGUCACUAUCAGUGCAUUGCCAAUUACAGUGCUGGUGCAAUUGUGAGCAGGCCGGCUACAGUAUCCAUAGGCCAUCUUGAUGAUUUUGAUACUUCAGUGAAACACAUAGUUACAGCAGAAGAAGGAAGUGCUGCCUUCAUUGGCUGUAAGGUACCAGAAAGUAACCCUAAAGCACAAGUUCGCUUUCGAGUACGGGGAAAAUGGCUGGAACAAUCAACAGAUAACUACCUAAUUCUUCCAUCUGGAAAUCUGCAGAUUUUGAAUGUCUCUUUAGAGGAUAAAGGCUCCUAUAAAUGUGCAGCAUACAACCCAGUCACUCAUGAUCUCAAAUUAGAACCCACUGGACAUAAGCUCAUAGUCAGCCGCACUUCUGCAGAAGGUUUUCACAUUCUUCACCCCACCGUUUCUCAGGCUUUGGCGGUACCUCAGCACAGUCCCCUAACUCUAGAGUGUGUUGUCAGUGGGUUGCCUGCAUCUCAUGUCCACUGGUUUAAGGAUGGUCAGGAUGCACUGACUGGAAGCAGGUGGAGACUACUGCACUCCCAUCUUGUGACGGACAGGCUUGAUACAUUGGAUGCUGGAAACUACUCCUGUGUGGUGGCAAAUCAAUCUGCAGUAGUGAAAUAUAUAAAUUACACAGUAACUAUUCUUGAAUCUGCCUCAAUUUCUAAAGGACUGCAGGAUCAAACAGUGGCUGUGGGUGCAACUAUACAUUUCACAUGUGACAUUCAUGGAAACCCUGCUCCUAAUCUUACCUGGUUCCAUAAUGCAGCUCCCAUCCAUCUCUCUCCACGACAUCUGGUCACAGGAAACAGGUUGAGAAUCAGUGGCAUCACCAAGGAGGAUUCUGGGUUGUACCAGUGUGUGGCAAACAAUGGGAUUGGCUUUAUGCAAUCCACUGGGAGACUUCAAAUCCAGACAGGCAAAGGUUCCAAGCCAGUUAUAGUUUCUUCACCAGCCAGUGCCAAUGUGGUAGAUGGAGGUGAUGUUACAUUGUCAUGCAAUGCCACUGGACUACCUAUUCCUGUAAUCCGUUGGUACAACAGCCAUGGACUUAUUACCAGCCACCCUUCUCAGGUCCUACAUUCAAAACCACGAAAAUCUCCACAAACAAAAAGAGGCAGCAUGAUUUUAGAACCCAUCUACUUCACCAUGUCUCGAGCGGGAUCAAGCUCCCUAUACAUUCAGGCAGUUACUCCAGAGCAUGCUGGGAAAUACUCUUGUGAAGCAACAAAUAAACAUGGCUCAGCACUGUCAGAAGCAUUUCUUACAGUUGUUCCUUUUGAAUCUAGUACAAAAGCUGAAGAAGUCACUCCUACGGAGGUUGCCCAAAGUGAUGAAGGUGAUGGAGAUUAUGAUACAGAAGUGGGGUUCUCAAAUUUGUCUCCGACAAAGUUGCAUCUUGAUGCAGUUGCUACAGAAAAGACACCCAAUGGGGCUUUGCCUCCUGAAGCCCCAAUCAUCCUCAGCCCUCCACAGACACUCAAGCCAGACAUGUAUAACCUGGUGUGGCGCUCUGGGAAGGAUGGCGGCUUGCCCAUCAAUGCUUACUUCGUGAAAUAUCGCAAGCUGGAUGAUGGCGUCAAUGCCAUGGGAAGCUGGCAUACAGUUCGUGUUCCUGGAAGUGAAAAUGAGCUUCAUCUCACAGAACUGGAGCCCUCCAGCCUCUAUGAAGUUCUGAUGGUAGCGAGGAGUGCUGCUGGUGAAGGCCAGCCUGCCAUGCUUACAUUUCGCACCAGCAAAGAAAGAACAUCAUCCUCAAAAAACACUCAGGCCCCAUCUCCCCCACUUGGCAUUCCUAAACAUCCCGUCAUUCAGGAAGGGUCAAAUAACUUUGGGGUGGUCCUUCCAGACCUGUCUCGACACAGUGGAGUUCCAGAGGCUCCAGAUCGCCCUGCUAUCUCAACAGCUUCAGAGACCUCUGUCUAUGUCACAUGGAUCCCACGUGCAAAUGGUGGCUCUCCCAUCACUGCCUUUAAAGUCGAGUACAAGCGCAUGAGCCGAAACAGCGAUUGGCUAAUUGCAGCCAAUAGCAUCUCUCCUUCUAACCUGUCAGUGGAAGUUCGCAACUUAGAGCCAGGAGCAACAUACAAAUUCCGUGUGAUUGCCGUUAACAAUUACGGGGAUAGUCCACGAAGCUCACCAUCUCGGCCAUAUCAAGUCGCUGGCUUUACCAACCGUUUUUCCAACCGCCCGAUCACAGGACCUCACAUUGCCUACACUGAGGCAGUCAGCGACACUCAGAUCAUGUUAAAAUGGACUUAUAUUACUUCAAGCAACAACAAUACUCCCAUCCAAGGAUUUUAUAUCUAUUACCGGCCAACUGACAGUGACAAUGAUAGUGAUUACAAGAGAGAGAUUGUGGAAGGCACAAAGCAGUGGCACUUGAUAAGCCACCUGCAGCCAGAAACAUCUUACGAUAUUAAAAUGCAGUGCUAUAACGAGGGAGGUGAAAGUGAGUACAGCAACGUAAUGAUGUGCGAGACGAAAGUGAAACGCACACCUGGAGCAUCGGAAUAUCCAGUGAAGGAUCUGAGUACACCACCUAAUUCUCCUGAUCGUGCCGGUGGAGGCAAUGCUGGCCCAUCAAAUGGCCCUGUUCGGAGCAGCGACAUGCUAUAUCUGAUUGUGGGCUGUGUCCUUGGAGUGAUGGUCCUUAUUCUGAUAGUUUUCAUUGCCAUGUGUCUGUGGAAGAAUCGCCAGCAAAACGCCAUGCAGAAGUAUGACCCUCCUGGUUACCUCUACCAAGGUGCAGAUAUCAAUGGGCAAAUGGUCGAAUACGCUACUUUACCAGGCACAAGCCGCAUCAACGGCAGCAUACAUGGAAACUUCAUCAGCAAUGGUAGUCUCAGUAACGGCUGUCCACACCUCCAUCACAAGGUUCCCAAUGGAGUUAAUGGGAUCAUGAAUGGUGGCUUGAAUGGAGGGACUGGCCUUUACCUGGGACACACCAACUCUCUAUCCAGGACACACAUGGAUUAUGAACAUCCCCACCAUUUAGUGAAUGGUGGUGGAAUGUACACAGCAGUGCCUCAGACCGACCCCUCGGAGUGCAUCAAUUGCCGGAACUGUCGGAACAAUAACAGGUGUUUCACCAAAACCAAUGGCACUUUUAGCAACAACACACUACCUGUGGUGCCCAUAGUAGCACCUUAUCAGCAGGACAGUUUAGAGAUGAAACCGCUGAAUCAUGUGAUGGUUGCCAUGUGUUUAGCCUCCACGGUCCCAGAAUGCAGCGUCGAGCUGGAGGAAGACAGCAAGGAGAAAGUGGAGCAGCCAUCUACUCAGCAUUCCUGCUGUCAGGAAAAUAUGAAUCAGAUUAACAUAGAUUACCCAGAAGGUGACAUUUGUGCACGUUCAGAAACAUCAAAUCACAUUUUGAGCUGGAGUCCUCUUAUUCUGCAGCCUGUUUCAAAGGACUGUAAUGAAAAAUCAGGAUGGAAUUCACCUGGUGUCACUUUAAACAGCUCCGGGGACCUUCGACCGCUCCAGAUGCAGGAAACCUGAAGAAGCAGCAACCAUUUUCCCACUCAAAGCCAGUAACUGCACAGCAGAAUCACUGACAAGGACUGAUGGAGGGGUGUUAGUUAUAACAGAGAGAGUCACUAUUUAUUUUUUGUAGUAGUGUCAUGAAUGUAUCUUGUUUAAAAUGUUUGCCUUUUUAUAUUAUUUAUGCCUUGAGAAAUUCCUUUGUUUUUUCCACACCCUGUGGAAUUAGCCUGGUUAUGUAUAAAGUUUUGUAAUAAUAUAAAGAACAACAAUGGGAAAUA